UGUUGCAUCAAUAACCGUCAUCUGAUCGCCCGUCCACAUUCGUCCCGCAGGCUACUUCUUCAUAAUCUCUCUCCAGAGCGGCGAAAUCUUCUCGCGCCUCCGGAAAUUCACCCUCCUCCAUACCUUCACCAACAUACCAGUGCACGAAAGCCCGUUUCGAAUACAUCAAAUCGAAUUCACGGUUCAAACGUGACCACGCCUCAGCUACCGCCGUUGUAUUGCUCAACAUGCAGACAGCACGUUUCACCUUAACCAAAUCACCACCAGGAACAACCGUAGGCGGCUGAUAAUUGAUGCCCACCUUCGCGCGCGCGCUUUGUAAAAGGAGAGUGGCAUUUUUACGUUGUGAAAUGCUCUGCUAAUGACUGAAUAUUUGAUAACCAAUGUCUCAAUCAUCUAACUCCAUGAAAUGCCUUGCAAUUAUAUUUUCUCGACAUGUACAACCUUCACGCUUUGCAUUGAAUGUCUUAGAUUUGUUUAUUUCGUUUAAACAUAUCAACAUCAUGAAUCAAAGAAAUUCAUGGCUUUGCCAAGCUAUCCAAAACUGUUACCUUCUUGGUCAUGUAGAACCAUAUCUAUUGUUGAUUGGUGGGUCAACUGUACAUUUACAAACCAUAAAAUUAUCUUGGAAUAGAGGUCAAUUGAAAUCUCCUUUCGGUUUCUCAAUCAGUUCAGUCUCGGACGUCGGUACCUGGUUUUUAGAAUCUUCACAGUUUAAUGCUAUGCGUUUAGAGGAAGUUAUUUGCCAGUUAAUCUGGCAAAUUACUCAAUCAGAACCCAGCUGUUCAUUGGAACGUUUAAUUAAGUCACUUGAUAAUGUAUAUUAUGGUAGACGACUUCGGAAACCGGCUUUAGAAGAAAUACAUACUUCUCUGUCAGCACUAACUCAAGCUGGUGCAAUUUACUUCAGUGGUCGGGGCUAUAACCUUCUAACACCGGAGAAGUUGGCAGUUGCAAAAUGGCUUGAAAGCGUACCCGAAGUAUGCCCAGAUGCUGACAGUACCUUGGAUACUCCAAAUGUGAAAAAAGCGCCACUGGCAGAAACAGAAAUACUUGGAUCGAAUGCUGCAUCAUCUACCCAGCGUUCAAAUCUCAUUCGAGAUAAAUAUCAAUUUCAGGCAAAUAAUAGGCAUAAAUUGGAGAAUACUGAGAAACGUACAAGUUCCAGUGCCUUAAUACCAGUUGUUGAAAAUUUUGAACAGAAUAACUUCUCUAAGUCUUUUACCACUCAUUCGUUGAGUCCAUAUCAACAUCAAAAUAACUGUGUAAAUCAGUAUCAUCGGAUUGCAUCCGUUUCACCUCUAACUAAUUGUGUAAAAUCUAAUUCUAAUUCUCAGUUCUCCUUUACUCAUAAAACAGUUGGGAUCAACAGUGACACUACGCAGAGAUUUAUCAAUUCUGCAAGAGAUAUUUAUACCAGCAAGAGAAAUACAGUUGACGUAACUGGCUUUUCUCAGCCGCAAAGACAUGAACCUGAAUUAGAAUUUCUUCACACCAUUAAUCAAUCUGAAAAUUUGUCAACAAAGUUCUCAAAAUUUAUCAAAUCCCCUUUAUUUAAAAAGUCUCAGUCUCCCAGCAUUUUCAAAUGGCUUUUGGAUCGUUUUCAUCAAAUCCGCCUUUUUUCACGUCAUAAUCAUACUUCUGUCAGCAAUGACAAGGUUGUACAAUCUUAUGCAGAUAUGAAAUUUACAGGACCAACGAACCAGCAGCGCCCCUAUGACAACAACGUGCCUGUGAACCGCCAAACAUAUAACCAAGAAGUAUCUCCCAGCAACCUACGUAGAUGCUUUAGUCUGUCAGAUGGAGGAAAAACUAACAAACCUAACCAGACCGUAAAACACUGUGGUCAGGGUAUGGAAUCACAAAGCUUCACAGAAAUUGGGAAGGAAUGCGACACCAGGGGGUAUGUAAGGCAGUCAAGUUAUUCAAGCAAAGACUUACAUUGUAUCUCUCAAAGAGACUUAUGUGGAAGCCCUGACUAUUAUUCCGCUGUUAGUCCACUUUCAAGAAACUACUUUUCAAGUCAAAGUCAUCUAGGCAGUAAGUCAGUGCCACGUCUACUGACUUCGUCUCCUGCCUUGGUAAACAACUCGAAAGUUUCUUUACAAGCUAGUGUUACAACUUCUGUGAGAGACAAUGAUUUUGCAAAAGAAAGGCAGCAGCCACAUUAUGUAUUUGGUAACAUCGCACAGUCAUGCUUUUUAAUACCUUCAAACGGUCAGCAAAACGACAAUAUUCUUACAUCUGACUAUUCGCAUAAGACACCACCUAGUUCAUCGACGCUUUGGUGGUACACAGGAUCGAACAGACUAACGCCCUUUUCAAAGGUGCCCACAUCACUCUUUUUUAAUCCUACUGUUAGAGUAUCUUCUUAUUGAAUUUUUUUACAGACUGACUGAUUGGUAAUUGUAUAGCACCACUGAUUUGAAAGUUGUACAUAUAUAGCAGUCCUUUGCAUUUAACUAGACGUUAAUCUUAUCUAACAGCCUACUUGUCUUUCCGAGAUUGUAGUACUUUUUAGGAAGUAGUUGCAGUUUUUUCUUGUCAUGUGCAAAAUUUCUUAUCUGUGAAGUACUGGACUUUAUAGAAAAAGCUUUUCUUGCCAAUACUUUUCUUCUC